UGCAAAUAUACAUAUAUGUAAAAAAAAAUAAAUAAAUAAAAGGCAUGUGCUCUGUCUUUUCAAAGUAAGUAGUAUAGUGAGAGAGCUAAAGUGAGAGAGCUUGUAAGUUGCCCACUUUACUAUUUUUUUUUUUUUUUAACCUAUAUAUAAGUUUUCCACCUCCACUACCACUACGUAUCCCUUUUUUCUUUCUUCCUUUCUGUUUCUCUUACUUCCAUUGAAGCACUAAGAAAAUUUUUUGAUAUGGAAACCAAAUGGUAUACCCAAGAUGGUACUGUUGAUCUUCGGGGACGCCCUGUUCUUGCUGCUAAGACUGGCAAAUGGAAAGCUUGUGCUUUUCUUGUUGGUUAUGAAGCAUUUGAGAGGAUGGCCUUUUAUGGGAUAGCUUCAAAUUUGGUGAACUACUUAACGACACAACUUCAUGAAGAUACGGUGUCCUCUGUGAGAAAUGUGAAUAACUGGUCAGGAUCUGUGUGGAUGACACCCAUUCUCGGAGCUUACAUAGCAGAUACUUACAUGGGUCGUUUCUGGACUUUCACUGUAUCAUCACUCAUUUACGUCAUGGGCAUGACACUUCUAACAAUGGCAGUUUCACUGAAAAACUUCAAGCCAACCUGCAAGAAUGGAGUUUGCAACAAGGCCUCUGAUUCACAGAUUGCUUUCUUCUAUUUGUCCCUCUACAUCAUAGCAAUUGGUGCAGGUGGAACAAAGCCCAAUAUAUCGACUUUUGGUGCUGACCAGUUUGAUGAUUUUAAUCCCCACGAGAAGAAGCUAAAAGUCUCAUUUUUCAACUGGUGGAUGUUCAGCUCUUUUGUAGGUGCUUUAAUUGCCACUCUGGGGCUUGUUUACAUCCAAGAGAACUUGGGAUGGGGUUUAGGGUAUGGUAUCCCCACAGUUGGUCUUGUACUAUCCUUGUUUAUCUUCUACAUGGGGACCCCAAUUUAUAGGCACAAAGUUAAUAAGACAAAAAGCCCUGCAAGGAACCUAAUUCGAGUCCCUCUUGCUGCUAUUAAAAAUAGAAAGCUUCAGCUCCCUAACAACCCCUCUGAGCUUCAUGAGUUGGAUUUGCAGCAUUAUAUUAGCAGUGGAAGAAGAAAAGUUCUUCACACCCAAAAUUUCAGGUUCUUAGACAAGGCUGCAAUAAAAGAGGGCAGCACAGAUGCCUCAAAGCCACCAUUCACAGUAACUCAGGUGGAAGGAACCAAGCUCGUUUUCAAGAUGCUUAUAAUAUGGGUUGUGACUCUAAUUCCAAGCACCAUUUGGGCACAAAUCAAUACCCUCUUUGUCAAACAAGGCACUACCUUAGACAGAAGCCUUGGAUCAAAUUUCAGAAUUCCAGCAGCCUCACUGGGGAGCUUUGUGACACUUUCGAUGCUUCUCUCUGUUCCCAUGUAUGACCGCUACUUUGUGCCAUUCAUGCGGCACAGAACAGGAAACCCCAGAGGAAUCACUCUGCUUCAGAGGAUGGGAAUUGGAUUUAUCAUCCAAAUCUUAGCCAUUGCAAUUGCUUAUGCUGUGGAAGUUAGGAGAAUGCACACCAUAAAAGUAAACCACAUUGCAGGGCCUAAAGAGGUUGUCCCAAUGACCAUAUUUUGGCUGCUUCCUCAGUAUGUAUUAUUGGGUGUAGCAGAUGUUUUCAAUGCAAUUGGGCUGCUUGAAUUCUUUUAUGAUCAAUCCCCAGAAGACAUGCAAAGCCUUGGGACAACUUUCUUCACAAGUGGGAUUGGAGUUGGGAAUUUCUUGAAUAGUUUUCUGGUGACUUUGAUAGAUAAGAUUACUGGGAGGAAUGGGAGGACAAGUUGGAUAGCAAAUAACUUGAAUGAUUGUCACUUGGAUUAUUACUAUGGCUUUAUUUUGGUCAUUUCUACUCUCAACUUAGGGGCCUUUUUAUGGGCAUCAAGUAAAUAUAUCUACAAGAAGGAAUUUACACAAGUGGAGGAAGGAUGUAUUCAGGUUGAGGCUAAAACAAUUCCCCUUUAGGUUUACAAGUACAAUAAAAUUAUAACUAAAAAUUUGCUUGAGCGUUGGACUCUUGCAAGGUAUGUAAAGCAAGAGUUUUUCAGCUGCUCUUCUAGAUCAGAUUAGAUAUGUAAUAUAUAUAGGUAUGAUCUUGGUCUUCUAAGUGUGACUAAUAUAAAUAAAUGUGUGUGAUUUUGGUGCA